UAGAGGAGGUUGCGGUGAAUCAAGUGGCUGGGGAGGCGGAGUCAAAGCUAAGGAUGUCGAUUGGUUCACACGGGGACCCGAACCACUUUUUCAUUGGCCAGCUUUGCUGUCAAUCAGAAGUCUCACCACAGCGCCCCACCUACUAGUGGUAGCAGUCGGGUUCGUUUGCGAGGCCGGGAUAGAACCUGGAAGGAGACGCUGCCCUUCUGAAGCUAUGGAGUGCAGGUGCACGAGAGGGAGCUUUCUACUGUGGAAAAAUUGUACAAUCCUGAGACGCAUAUUCAAGCAAAGCUGGAUUUCCUGGUAGACUUUUUCAUUCAGAGUCAAGGAUCACAACACUUUCCGGGAAUAUCUUUCCAAGAUGGCAUUUCAAAGAGCCGAGGGAAUGUCCAUUAUCCAGGCUCUGGCUAUGACUGUAGCAGAGAUACCAGUGUUCCUUUACACGACGUUUGGUCAGUCUGCCUUCUCUCAGCUGAGACUCACACCAGGCCUGCGCAAAGUGCUGUUCGCCACUGCUCUCGGGACAGUCGCUUUGGCCCUGGCUGCGCAUCAACUGAAGCGCCGUCGCCGUCGGAAGAAACUGGUUGCCCCAGAGAAGGCCACCCCGAAGCCUGCGGGAGUUCCUGUCCCCAUCUUGCCAACAAGGAGGGUCCCCUCAGUGAAAAAAGGUUACUCCAGCCGGCGAGUGCAGAGUCCGAGCAGCAAAAGCAAUGACACCCUCAGUGGGAUUUCUUCCAUUGAGCCUAGCAAACACUCUAGUUCUUCACACAGCCUGGCUUCGGUGGCGGCUCCAAACUCUUCCAGCCCAACCCCAGCUUCGGCAGGACCCUGGGAGGCCCAGCACCUAGAUGACCCUGGAGCUGCGGGAGACUGCAGUGCUGAAAACCUCUAUUUUCAAGGGAUGGAGCUGUUUGAGGAGGCCCUGCAGAAAUGGGAACAGGCCCUGACCAUCCGGCAGCGAGAUCAUUCCAGUCUCUCCAUUCCCUGGGACAGCUCUAAAGAACAGGAGUUGCUGCCAGCAAACCUCCCUGAGGAAUCCCAGAAAAAGGAGUUUGCGGAGAAGCUAGAAUCUCUCUUGUAUCGGGCGUACAACCUCCAGGAAGAGUUUGGCUCCACAUUUCCUGCCGACAGCAUGCUGCUAGACUUGGAAAGGACUCUUAUGCUCCCUCUGACAGAAGAGUCUCUGAGACUUCGGGCUGAUGACGAAGAGGACAGCUUGACCUCUGAGGACUCCUUCUUUUCUGCUGCUGAGCUCUUUGACUCUCUGCAAAUUGGAGAAAUGCCAUUCCCGCUUUCCAAGCCAGCUGCUGCCUAUGAAGAAGCCUUGGAAUUGGUGAAGGAAGGGAAGGUUUCCUGCAGGACUUUCCGAACAGAGCUUCUAGGCUGCUACAGUGACCAUGACUUUCUGGCCAAGCUCCACUGUGUUAGACAAGCUUUCCAGGAACUUCUGCAGACAGAGAAAAACCAAUCGUUCUUUGGGGAGGUGGGAAAACGAAUGGUGUUGGGCUUGAUGACCAAGGCUGAAAAGAACACUAAGGGUUUCCUCGAAAGGUAUGACGAGAUGCUCUGCUACACAAUGAGGCCAGAGACCUGGGCAACAACCCAGAAGGAGCUGGAAGGACGAGGGGUGGUUUGCAUGAGCUUCUUCGACAUUGUGUUGGAUUUUAUCCUUAUGGAUGCCUUUGAGGACCUGGAGAACCCGCCUUCCUCAGUUCUAGCCGUCCUGCGCAACCGUUGGCUUUCUGACAGCUUCAAGGAGACAGCUCUCGCAACAGCCUGCUGGUCGGUUUUGAAAGCCAAGAGGCGUCUUCUGAUGGUUCCUGAUGGCUUCAUCUCCCAUUUCUACUCUGUAUCGGAGCACGUCAGCCCUGUUCUCGCUUUCGGUUUCCUGGGGCCAAAGGAGCAUCUGUCAGAAGUCUGCGGUUUCUUCAAGCACCAGAUACUGCAGUAUUUGAAAGACAUGUUUGAUCUAGACAUUGUGAGAUACACAACGGUGCACCUCUUGGCGGAAGACAUUCUCCAACUGUCCCGGCGUCGCAGUGAGAUUCUGCUGGGCUACUUGGGUGUGGAGGCCAUUCUGGAGAUGAAUGGGACUCUGCCUAGCGACAUUGUACCCCUUGAGGAGUUCAACUAAGCUCACCAUGAAAAAUCGCCUGGCUUUUAAAAGAUUUCCUUUUCUUCUGGAGUUUUCUACUACCACAAUUAAGUGGCUUAAUCAGUGGCAGCAAGACUUCCUCUUUUACCGUCCCGAGAACAGCGUGAUCCCAUCAGCUCUCUUUUGAGGUUUGGUAGGGAAGUGUUCAGGGACACUUCAGUUUGUUGGAUGUUCACCUGGCCCACUUCUUUCAUUUUAGGUUUUGAACUAGUGUCCCUUGUGAAACUCCUCUGCAAGGUGACAGUGCACCUUUCCUCCUCCGUUACAAGUGUGAGCGGAAGGCCAGGAGAGAUGGAGAACGUGACCCACUGAGUCGUCCCAAUUCCUGACCUCUCCUCAGUUCAAAAAUAAUGAGGAGUUUCCUUUGACUUUUUUAAAUGACUCAUUUUGCCUUUGUCUAAAUGUGCAUUCUCACUCGUUCACUUUUUUUCCCCCUUUCUUGGUAUGAGUUCUAGCAAGCAUCUGUGAAGAAAAGUGUCUUCCUCCCAACAAGGAGGAGUAAAUGUUUGUGUGAAGCACUGAAAACCAAACAAACCUGUGGCCUAAAUCAGGGUUUGGAAUUGUGCAGCCUUCCAGAUGUUGUUUGACUGCAACUUGCAGCAUCCCUCACCAAUGGUUAGAGCUGCUGAGAGUUGGGAGUCCAACAAUAUCUGUUCCCACCUGGAGCCUGGAUCCACUUCUUAGGCCUUACUUAGAGUAGACCCAUUGAACUGAUGGCAACUUAGUCAACCCAGCCAAGGUUUACUAAAAUUGAGGACUGACAGUUGGAUUUCAUCCAGAAGUGGGAAUCUUGUGGCUCCCUGGAUGUUUUUGUCCUGCAGCUUCCACCAACUGUAGCUAGUGGAGAGCAAUGCUGGGAGAUACAAUCCACCCACAUCUGGAGGGCUUUAAAUUUCCACCCCUGCUUUAGCAAAGUGGAGGCUUUGUAUGGGAAACUGUGACUUGUGAGGGAGCUCGGCCUACUUUUGUAAGCGAGACAAACUUUGCACUUUUCUCCCUCAUACUUUGGUCCAGACACUGGUAAGUUUCCUCCGUCCAUAAGGAUACAAGCAGCAUUAGCCUAAGAGUUGUACUUCAGUUCCUUCCUGAGCCUCAUCUGUUUUUCCUUCUUUUUAACCAUCUCUAGUAAGCAGCAAAUCAAGAAGUGUAUUGUUUUAAAUUCUGGAGCCUAAUGUGGGAACUAAAUGCAGUAUCUAAAUUUGGAGCUCUUGCCUGUUAAGAGGAGAUCCAUUGAAUUCAAAGAAACUAACAAAAAUGGUGACCAUUCAUUUCAGUGGUCUAAAAUAGUUUACUGCAAUUGGGACUAAGAUCUCCGAGGAAAUACACUGUGUUUCUAGAGUUACAGUUGGCUUCUAUGCUUAGCAUAUAAGGUUCUUGGUUUUCUGUAAUAACUUACACUUAACUGUUGCAGAAUUAUGGUUGGUGCUCCAUAAGAAGCCAAGCAAAAAGGGGGAACAAAGCCUUCCUGCCAGAGCAGGUGCAGACUGUGGCUGGUGUCCUGUUAGUGUCAUACGCAAGUGUAAAUAAGCCUCAGGACUGCAUAUGUCUUUUUUUGAUUGAUGUGGAAGUUGGUGUCUGGCUAUGUCCCUGUAGCCAGAUGCGAAGUGAUUAUCUCAUCUGUUGAGAUGUCUAGCAGACCUCAGCAGAAGAUGUAAUCAUUUCAUGUCUGGCUAUGGGACAUGGCUAGAUGAUACUCCAGGCCUUCACCAGGCACAGAGGGGCCAUGGAGGAGCUGCAUUGACUUUGUUGUAGAUCUAGGGGUUGAUGCAUGACCAGUGUUUGUGUAGUUUCUUGUGCACUGAACCAUGCAGGGUUGUAGCCUAUAAUGUGCUGCUCUUCCAAGAGGAGGCGCAAUGGAUAUCCAUUGAUAUGGGAGAGGCACACAACAUGUGUGGCUCUGAUCAUAAAAUAACAUUAGGGUCCUUAAUGGAAAGGUUCGGACUGGAAGUGAGAAUAGUGUGCACUUUAAACUUGGAUCAAUGACAAAUGGGGAUACACAGCAUGAUUCUUAAAAUAAGAUUACAGCUAAAGGGAGUCAUGCCCCCAUUUCCCCUUGGCUUCUGACACUUUUCCGUUUCUGGUGUUGCACUUUGGGAAGAAAAGCAUCCAAAGAGGAGGGGAGAGUUUGAUGUCAUGGCUUUCUUCCAUGGAAUCUUGGGAUUUAUAGUUUCACAAGACAAUUAUAAUUUUAUGUUAAGGAGCUCUGAUCUCCUCCUCUCAAGCACAGUUCCUGUGGUACCCUGAAAUGAGAGACUGAGGAACAAAUCGAUAUACUGUACCUUGGAAAGCACAAUUCUGGGGAGUGGAUGAAAGCUCUACAAAGAAUUUGAAAGACUUUGUUAAACUACAGAUCCCAGGAUUCCCUGGAGAUCCUGAGUUUAGGAACAGCCAUGGAAGUUAAAGUGGUAUCAAACUGCUGUUAACCUUGUAGUGUAGAUAUACUUUCAGGCUGCAAUUCUGCAUGGCUCAGCAUAGCAUUCCACACGCAGACCUACCCUAGACUGAACCAUAUACCAUCCUUCAGGCUUAUAGAUCCUCUGCAAAUUCUCAGCCCUUCCCAUUAGGAUUGAAGAAGCACCUGGCUAUGUCUUGAUGGCACUGAAGUCAAUGAUGACUUCAGUGCCAAGGUCCACUAGGGUCCUCUGGAGGUCUCAGCUGUGCUGUAAUCAUUUCACGUCUGGCUAUUGGGACAUAGCCAGAUCCUCCUCUAGCCCUGCUUGCUUCCCACGAGGAACAGAAUGGCCAUGCAAGGUGAGGGAGUCAAAGACUGUACAGUAAAUUGGGUGGGGGGCUUGGGCUGCUGCAGAGGGGGAAAAGGGAAGACCCAACCUCUGGAGUGUCAAAAAAAGACAUGAGUAGGAGUAAGAGAAACUUGUGUGUGCAUAUGUACCUAACCGGAUGCCAGCUUCAGUCUUUUCAGAAGUCCAUAAAGGUGUUCUUCUUCCUAGCUUCAUAGUCACCUUGGCUUCAUGGCUGGGGGAAAACAGCAUGAUUGGUUUUGGAUGCAGGCAUCUAAUGCCUCACCAAAUUGAGUAAUGUGGCAGCUGCAGUUUCCCCUGACCAUUGCUGUCCCAUCCCCUGGCAAUGCUUUAGGCUUGUCCGCCUCAUCAUCUGCUGUGCAGUAUGGCUGGAUUCAUGCCCACAGCAAGGAGAUAAAAGGGCUGGCAAGAGAUGGGGAGUAAUGGAAGAGCCAAGGCUGCCAACACUCUCCAUCUUCUAAGAGAAUUCAGCAGGGUUCAUGCAAGGUGGUAGCCCCAUGACUUUGAAUUUAAAUGCAGGAAAACUACAAAAAUAAAGACUUGUGGGAGUUGGGGUAGAAUCUUAGAAAACAGGGGCCCCCUUUCAUUUUUCUGGAUCGGCCAUCAACUAUAAAGUUUAAUGUGUUUCAUGAGUCUGCUGUUCUCAAACCAGAUCUUGGAGAGAAGUUCCAUUUUUGGACAGUAACGUCCAUAACUAAGCCAUAGUCUAAAAACUGAAUGUCACUCCAAGAUUAGGGGCCCAGUCACACUACACAAUUAUAGCAUGAUUAUUCCAUUUAACUGCCAUAGUUUUAUUCUAUGAGUCCUGGGAUUUGCAGUUUAGGGAAGGAGGUUUAGAGUUGUGAGCCAGAGAGCUUCAGUGCCUCAUCAAACCAUGUAUUCCAGAAGAUGGAAUUAUGACCAUUAAAGUGGAAUAAUAGUACUAUAAUUGUGUAGGAUUAGGCCCCUGGUUGAAACCCACAAUGGAUAUGAAUAACCAAUACUGGUCAAAGAUAUCUCUUCUCAGAGGCAACUUGAGAUGUUAACCUUUCUACAAAAACGGUUUCCGGUGUUCAGCGUAAUUCCAGGGUUAGAAUUAACAUGACCCAAAGGGUUUCCCCAACAUUUCCGAUUCCUUUUAGGACCGACUGUGUUAGACUGAGCUCUUUUGGAAGGAAUGGGGUGCUACUGAAUUUGGGCUGAAUUUGCGCACAAUUAAACGGCUUCCUUGGAGAAGCGUAGCUUUUUUAGGAAGACGCCAAGGGUUGCCAACUGAAGGAACCUUGCCACAAGCGCUCCUGCACCUUUUUUAACAGGAGUUAACUGGCUUUUUCAAUGGUUGGAUCUUUAUAUGCCUGACAAUCAGGAACCCAUUAAAGUAGCCACUUCCAAGGCUGGACAUACUGGGAGUUGUAGUCCAGCACAUCUGUAGGGGCACCAAGUUGGGCAAACUAACCCAAGGUGGGUCCUUCCAGAUAAUGGUUGAACUCUGUUAGCCAGUGGGAGGAACGACGAGAGCUGUAGUAUAUCAACAUUUGCAGGGCUCAACAUUUCCCUUAGCCUUUUGCGUCCCCUUGAAAGGACAUUCCUAUGGAAACUGAAGCUGUAAUGAAUGUAACGCUUGUGCCUCAUUCUCCGGCCAACCUCCCCCUAUUCCACAAAGUGUGAAUAUUCAUAUGUUUUUGUGAAUUGCACUGUAUUUUGCCUCCUUUACAACUAAAACUUUUUUGUAUCCUACUAGGAUUUUGGCAUUUAAAAGCCAAAUCAAAUAAACCUUUCCUUCAUUAUCAAACUUUGA